AUGGUUGGAAAACUGUUUUUCUUUUUCGGGUUCAUUGCCGCUGCUUCUGCGGCAGUGAAGCUUCAGGAAUUAUAUUCUUGGAAUGUUCUUGACUGGAACUAUCCAGACCCGUACCUGAAACAGCAGGCUCUGCAGACAGGGGCUCUGAUACCUCAAAACGCUUUACCUGUUGGUAUCGAAAGAUGGAGGAACAAGCUUUUCGUCAGUGUCCCUAGAUGGCGUGGUGGUAUUCCAGCUACAUUGAACUACAUACCUUUAGAUGCCCCACACGAGCCCUCACCGAAACUAACACCAUAUCCAAGUUUCAAAGGAAACGAAUUAGGGGACUGUGAAAACGGACUAACAACAGUUUACAGGAUUAAGGCCGAUCAGUGUGACCGUCUUUGGGUAUUGGAUGUUGGAACCUACGGAUAUGAUCCUAACGUCACCAAUCUGUGCCCAUACUCGAUAAAUGUAUACGACUUAAAUACGGACCAGCGUAUUAGAAGAUAUGUCUUCCGACCCGAGGACAUUGUUUCUACUACUUUCAUUGCCAAUAUUGCUUUGGAUGAAGGGCUUUCUUGUGAGGACACUUUCGCUUAUUUUUCUGAUGAACUGGGAUAUGGUCUGAUAGCUUAUUCCUGGGAACAAAAUAGAUCGUGGAGAUUCAGUCACAGCUACUUCAUGCCCGAUCCUCUUGUUGGUGAUUUUAAUAUUGCUGGACUUAACUUCCAAUGGGGUGCUGAGGGAAUUUUUGGUAUUCACACUUCUCCCAUAGGACCAGAUGGCUAUAGAACUCUUUAUUUCUCUCCUCUUUCUAGUUUUACAGAAUUUUCUGUGUCUACUCGAAUUUUAAGAGAUGAAUCUAAAGUAAGUGGGUCUUACAAAGACUUUAAAGUUGUUGGUACUCGUGGCCCAAAUACCCAUACUACUUCCAAAGUCAUUGAUUCUUCCGGUGUUCAACUAUUUAAUUUAAUUGACCAAAAUGCGAUUGGUUGCUGGAACUCAGCAUUGGAACUUAAACCACAGAACACAGCUAUUGUAGAUAAGGAUGAUAUUGGUCUUAUAUUUCCUUGUGAUAUUAAAAUUGACAGAGGCAAAAAUGUAUGGGUAAUUUCAGACAGAAUGCCUGUAUUUUUAGAAUCGGAGCUGAAUUAUGGUGACAUAAACUUCAGAAUAUACUUUGCCCCAUUAGAUUCAUUAAUUUCCGGAACUGUUUGUGAGCCCUUCCCCCCUCUAGUUUCGACACCUAACACACUACAAAUACCAAAUAGCAUUGGUCCAUACUACAAUAUUGGACUGGAAACAUUGUCACAAGUGCCACCACAAAUCUUCUUACCAGCAACUUCUCCUAGACCAUUAACAUCCAGAUACCCUCUACUAUCUCAAAACGUCAUACCUAAAAUUCCAAACAGCGCAUAUUUCCCUCAAUCACAGCCCAACAAACCGAAUGUUUCGUAUAGAAAUCCUUGGUUCUUAAAACGGAACUACCAAGUGUUUGAACGUCCUCAAGCAUAA